AUGUUCUCGGAGGAUGCGAACAGCUCAAUGAGUACGCAAGCUGUCGCGGCGCGCCUCCAGGCGACACAUCAGUCCAAAGUGUACAAACGGACUCAGCGUCUAGAUGGAAACCAACUGAGCCUCCUCUUUUAUACCCUUAACCGGCCGAAUCUAGGUGACAAUGUCAGGGACGGGACCGUACUGCCGCCGGGAGCUCAUUUGAUUUACUUCACCCCAAGAACCACGACGAACAGGCUGAACGAGGACGGCACCGACUCAACUUUCACCGCCGAACCGCCCUUUCAACGGCGGAUAUGGGGCGGUGGUGAGAUGGUGUGGGAGCGUGCCAACCCGCUCCUGGUCGGCGACACAGUCCUUGAGACGACGCAGCUUGAGACCUGCGAGGUAAAACGGGAUGCCCAAGGCGACGAAAUGCUGCUCCUGACGGUUGCACGACGUCUGGAGAAUGGAAAGGGGUUGGCUGUGACUGACAGACGACACGUGCUGCUCAGGCAAAACGCGACCAGCAAUUCAAGGACGACGGAAAAGGGGCCAUCCCAAUCGCAAAGGCAUCCAGGUCCAUCAACUGCCCAGGCCCUCCAACAGGGAGCAAAUCCCAAAGCACUCAGCCGUACAGUCAGACUUGACGAGGUCACUGUAUUUCGGUACUCUGCACUCACCUUUAAUUCCCACAGGAUCCACUAUUCGCUUCCCUGGGCCCGGGACGUCGAAAAGUACCCGCAGCUCCUUGCUCAGGGGCCGUUGGGCAUCACUCUUCUCCUCGACCUCUGGGGAGACAGCCGUGCGACGCAACAGAGCGACUCCGAUCUUGAAGACAGGCCCCAGAUGCCGACCUCGGCCAGGAAGCUAACUUAUCAAUCAAUGAAGCCGCUGUUUGUCAACGAAACGUGCAAUCUCAACAUGCUCGAGCGCGGCGCCGGGAUGGCGUUGUUGUGGAUCCAGAAGGAGGACGGCACGGUUGGAAUGAAGGCCGAGAUUGAAUGCUUCCAACUGCAGGAGAAGUUGUAA